AUGAACGUGACACAGAAGUUAGAGGAACUAAUGCUAUCCAUCGAAGGAAUCUGCGCCAUCUUCGCCACAGAUUACGAUGGUGUAAUUGUGGUGCAAGUGGGUGAUGUGCCGCGCAGCAAAACCAACACAAAUUGGUUGAUCACCGCCCAUUUGAAUGUGAUCGGACAAAUUCCGAAAUUGUUGAUGGGCGAUCAUCAAAGCUCGUUUUUCCAGUUUGAUUCGGUUCAGGCGGCCGUGCAUUCGAUUGAUGAGUAUUUUUUCUAUGUUUUGGCUGGCAAUGUGGUGAGUUUUGAAGGUUUUACGUGUAAACCUCAACAAAAUUCAAAAUUUUUGAUAAAAUCUAUGUUUUCUAGUAGAUUCCGACCCGCUGAUCACUAUCCCGUUGUCAAAAAUCACUUACCUCAACUCUGCAUCGAGUUAUGACGUGGCAAAGUUUUACAGCUAAGGUUUUUCUUCGAAAAAUUUGGUUUAUACUAUCUCUAAACUUAUUUUCCAACGAAAAACCUUACAAGGGAAGUGCAUAGGGUCAGGUGUUGAACUUUUGAUGAAACGUUCGAAAUAUACCAAAUCGACCAUGCUGAUCACGAUUCCGAAGUCAAAAAUUGCCACAAAUGCAUGUGAGCACUUUUCUGGAGCUCCAAAGUUGGAAUUGAGUUUUGGUUUUUGCCCAUUUUCACCAUAUUCCUGGGUGGAAAAUCAAUUUUUAUAACUUGAAUAAGGUUGUUCACCACAUUCGAAAACCUAUCAGCUUUUUAGUUUUUCAAAAAAUAUGAAAAACCAGCUGAAAACUGUAAUUUUCAAAAAUGCACAAAAAACUUUGAAAAACGUGUGUAUUUACGUGUGUUUGUGUGUAUUUUCAGGACUUUCUUAAAAAUUACAGUUUUCAGCUGGUUUUUCAUAUUUUUUGAAAAACUAGAAAGCUGAUAGGUUUUCGAAUGUGGUGAACAACCUUAUUCAAGUUAUAAAAAUUGAUUUUCCACCCAGGAAUAUGGUGAAAAUGGGCAAAAACCAAAACUCAAUUCCAACUUUGGAGCUCCAGAAAAGUGCUCACAUGCAUUUGUGGCAAUUUUUGACUUCGGAAUCGUGAUCAGUAUGGUCGAUUUGGUAUAUUUCGAACGUUUCAUCAAAAGUUCAACACCUGACCCUAUGCACUUCCCUUGUUAGCUAUAGUACUUUUCUACGUCAUAACUCGAUGCAGAGUUGAGCUAAGUGAUUUUUGACAUCGGGAUUGUGAUCAGCGGGUCGGAAUUGACUAGAAAACAUGGAUUUCAUCAAAAAUUGUGAGUUUUUCAUGAAUUUUCUGAUGAAAAUGACGAUUUUCCUGCAAAAUUGCUCAUUUUACACUGAAAAUGCUGCAAAAUCUCACGAUUUGCUCAGAAAUCCACUCAUUUCAGACACCGACCGGAGCAAUUCUCAACAUUCGCGAUCAACUCCUUCCAAUCAGCAAUUAUUUGACGAAAAUCUGCCCGCCUGUUGAAAGUGAGUUCUUCUAAGUCGAUUUUUUUCAAUAUCUAAUAUCGAUUUUUUUUGCAGGAAUUCCCGACGACGAUGUGAUGAGCUACAUGUAA